AUGCCGGGGCGGCUGGCCGCGGGGCUGCGCGUGGCGGGGACGAGCGUGUUCGCCGGGGCGGUGCUGGGCGGCCUGGUGGCGGCCUACGUGACGGGCUCGCAGUUCGUGCACACGGAGCAGCACUACCUGUCGUUCGGGCUGUACGGCGCCGUGCUGGGCGUGCACCUGUGCGCCCAGAGCCUCUUCGCCUGGCUGGAGCACCGCCGCAUGCGCCGCGCGGGCCGCCCCGUCAAGCUGGCCGGCUCGGUGGCGCUGUGCAUCGCCGCCUUCCAGGAGGACCCGGCCUACCUGCGCCAGUGCCUGCGCUCGGCGCGCCGCAUCGCCUUCCCGGGGCUGCGCGUGGUGCUGGUGGUGGACGGCAACGGCCCCGACGACGCCUACAUGCGCGACAUCUUCCACGAGGAGCUGGGCGCCGCCGCCCCGGGCGCCGCCGCCUCCUACGUGUGGCCCGGCAACUUCCACGCGCCCGCGCCGGGGGGCCAGGCCGCCCGCGCCGCCCGCCACGUCCAGGCCCUGGUGCGCCGCCACGCCUACGCCUGCAUCCUGCAGCAGUGGGGCGGCAAGCGCGAGGUCAUGUACACCGCCUUCCGCGCCCUCGGCGACUCCGUCGACUACGUGCAGGUGUGUGACUCUGAUACAGUCCUGGAUCCGGCCUGCACAGUGGAGAUGCUGCGCAUCUUGGAGGAGGAUCCCCAUGUUGGCGGAGUUGGUGGAGACGUGCAGAUCCUGAACAAGUAUGACUCAUGGAUCUCCUUCUUAAGCAGCGUGCGCUACUGGAUGGCAUUCAACGUGGAGCGGGCCUGCCAGUCCUACUUUGGCUGCGUCCAGUGCAUCAGCGGGCCCCUGGGCAUGUACCGCAACGCCCUGUUGCAGCACUUCCUGGAGGACUGGUACAACCAGACGUUCCUGGGCAGCAAGUGCAGCUUCGGGGACGACCGGCACCUCACCAACCGGGUCCUGAGCCUGGGCUACCGGACCAAGUACACGGCCCGCUCCAAGUGCCUGACCGAGACUCCCACCCGGUACCUCCGCUGGCUCAACCAGCAGACCCGCUGGAGCAAGUCCUACUUCCGGGAGUGGCUCUACAGCGCCCUCUGGUUCCACAAGCACCACCUCUGGAUGACCUACGAGUCGGUGGUGACCGGCUUCUUCCCCUUCUUCCUCGUCGCCACCGUCAUCCAGCUGUUCUACCGCGGGCGGGUCUGGAACAUCCUCCUCUUCCUGCUGACCGUCCAGCUGGUGGGCAUCCUCAAGGCCACCUACGCCUGCUUCCUCCGGGGCAACACCGAGAUGAUCUUCAUGUCGCUCUACUCCCUGCUGUACAUGUCCAGCCUGCUGCCGGCCAAGAUGUUCGCCAUCGCCACCAUCACCAAGUCCGGCUGGGGCACCUCUGGCCGCAAGACCAUUGUGGUCAACUUCCUCGGCCUCAUCCCCGUCUCCGUCUGGGCGGCCGUGCUGCUGGGGGGGCUGGCCUACACGGCCUACUGCCAGGACCUUUUCACGGACACGGAGCUGGCCUUUCUGAUUGCAGGGGCCGUCUUGUACGCCUGCUACUGGGUGGCGCUGCUCACCCUCUACCUGGCGGUCGUGGCCCGGCGCUGCAGCAAGCCCCAGGAGCACUGCAGCUUGGCCUUCAUGGAAGUGUGA